GACUGUAACACACAGACAGACGGGGCCGAUCAUUUCCGGUGUUGAAUGGCGGCGCUGACGAUGGAGCCGAUUCGGCUGCACAGAGAUGUUUCUAGGGCCAUUGAGUUGCUGGAGAAGUUGCAAAGGAGCGGAGAAGUACCACCCCAAAAGCUUCAUGCUUUGCAAAGAGUGCUUCAGAGUGAAUUCUGUAUUGCUGUACGAGAGGUUUACGAGCAUGUGUACGAGACUGUAGACAUUAAUAGCAGUCCAGAAGUAAGAGCCAGUGCCACUGCCAAGGCAACAGUUGCAGCGUUUGCUGCCAGUGAAGGACACUCGCAUCCAAGGGUUGUCGAACUUCCCAAAACGGAUGAAGGACUGGGAUUCAACAUCAUGGGUGGAAAGGAGCAAAACUCUCCUAUAUACAUAUCGCGCAUUAUCCCUGGUGGAAUUGCAGAUCGCCAUGGGGGACUGAAGCGGGGAGACCAGCUUCUGUCAGUAAAUGGAGUGAGCGUUGAAGGAGAACACCAUGAAAAGGCAGUUGAGCUACUGAAAGCUGCCCAUGGAACUGUUAAAUUAGUUGUCAGAUACACGCCAAAAGUGCUGGAAGAAAUGGAAUCGCGGUUCGAGAAAAUGAGAUCAGCAAAACGCAGACAGCAAAUCAACUAUUAAACCUACAUUUGUCAAACAGUUCCACACAAUGCUUCAUUGUUCUGAAUUUUACAGUACGGUUGAGCUUUCUCACUGUCUGCUCUGUCUUGCAGUGAGGAGGGGAACAUUAUCAAUAGUUUUAACACUAGUUUGUCACUGUGAUCAUGAACAUCAUAAUGGAGAAUAUUGCUUGUUUAAAAGCUUUUGAUAAAAUUUUGAGAACAAAGUAUGUUAAAGGCAUUUCUAUCAGUACUCCGUUUUAAAAUGAUUAUUUUCCAAUAAGCAGUGUGAUUUUACCGUUUCUGCCCAUUGAAAGUGAUUCCUAAUAUUUUUGAGAACAGAGGAGUUGCUAAGUUGUUCCAUGUAAAGUUGAUAAAUUAACAUCAGUAAAGCAUGACAGUAAACAUGUGAUGCUUGGCAAUCGCGUUACUUCAACCAUUCAUGUACUAAUUUGGCUCGGUCACCUCCAUUUUCCCUGAUUAUUCCGUGUUUAAUAUUCAAACCUCGAAAAGAAUGAGGGAGGGGAAAAAUAGCAUGAAAGAUGUUGGUUCCUAAAUUUUUCUGGCAGGUUAACAUUUAUGAGGACACUAAGACUCGUUACACGCCCAGUCUGUUUAUCCAAACAAGAACACUCCCUUUCAUUACGGUUAUUCCUGGCUAACUGAAUCAUUCAAGCCAUCUUCGACUGUUGUUACAUUGACAGAAUGGAAAUGUAGAUCAAUAGAAACCUGCAAUCUUUGCCAAAUAUGACUUGCAAUGUGAUAAAACAUUGUUGGUGUUUCGCAUUAUUAAUUAUCUAAUCUUAGUCGCAUCGACCUCGUUUAUGAUAAAGUGAAGGAGCCAAGUUGCAUUACUCCAUUUGACUUCACUUCAAGUCUGAUUAGUCUGGUCUUAAAGUAAAAGUCACUGCAAGGACUAUGCUUCAUAAAUUCAUAUUCACAGACCAGCGUCCCUCACUCUGUGGAUAUGAAAUUGUCCUAUGGAGAAGUCACCUCAGGUCGAUGCUUGCGAGCUAACAAGGUUUAAUUCUCUACCUCCAGCAGACUUUUUGAAUCCGCAAUGUAUUUGCAGUGCAGUCAUCGAGACAAAUACAAUUUUGCACGAGGAUUUCUGUUAACUGGAUUCCACACAGGCUUUUCCACCACUUGUUCGAAUAACUUUUUUAUCAAACGAGUUUUUGUAUUCUUGAUAUAAAUUUUUCUACUUUUUUUUCAAAAAAGGAAAAACUAACGCCUCUGCUAUUGAACACUUUUCAAACAAAAAAUGUUCUAUUUGUCAACUUUAAUCCUGCACUGAAGACCAAGAUAGUAAUCGCUCAUCAUUUUAGAAUGCUGGCCAAGAGUGUACAUUGUGCUGUUUUGCUCAUAAAUGCCACACGGUAAUAGAAAUGAAAGCAUAUUUUUGAGUGUUACUUAUGAGUUUCUCUAAACGAGUGGAUAUUUAAAAGAAGCAUUUUUAUAGCUUUACUACCUAUUGGAAUGCUUGACUUGCGCAUUAUGUAUUACAUUAAAUAAUGCCUGAAAUCGUCUUCAUUGCUUACAAAUAUCUGUGUCUGCGCAGUUUUCAUGACCAUCUGAAUACCUGAGCUAUUUUGAUUCCUGUAUUCCUAACUCUAUACAAUUGAUUGUAACAUAAGCAAUUUUAUAUUCUGCUGUUUCUGUAUUUGUAAGCGAGAAAAUCAACUUGAUAUCGCAAGUAUUGACAAUCAUUUCCUGCUUUUCCUCCUUUAAAAUUAUACAUUCUCUUUGCUUGGAUGCAUGUUUAGCUUCACAGUGAAAUUAAUAAUCGGUAGUUAUCUGAAACCUGUAUCAGACCAAGCUGCCAUCUUCCAGAAAAGUAAAAAUCCACUAAUUUAAUUGACUACACUAUAAAGCUCAUAUAUUUGAUUCUGAUUUUUUUGACAGUAAAAGUAAUUUAUGUUCACUUCUUUUUUUAAAGGAAAGCUGUGGAUUGUAAAAUGCCAAAUGUAUUAGUUUGGAAAUGCCUCUGUUUUAAUUUGUAGGAUUUUAAUUUUAUUAAAAUUUUAUUGGACAA